AUGUUGAUUAACGGUGAGACCCAGCACCCUAAUGGCGCUCACUCGAGUCCUAUGAUCCAUGAUUGUCCGCGGCCACUCAAGGUGGCCAUUGUUGGUGCGGGUAUCGGAGGUCUAAGUGCCGCCAUCGCACUGCGUCGGGAAGGUCACCAGAUAUACGAGCAAUCGAGGCUCGCCAACGAGACCGGCGCCGCCGUGCAUCUGGCGCCGAAUUCCAACGGCCUCCUCAGGAGGUGGGGCAUCUACGCCGAGACUUUCGGCGCCAACCCUGCGCACCGCUUCAAGGAAAGAAACAUGCACAACAAAGGCGGCUUCGAUAUCGACAUCACCAAGUCCGAGGGCCAGUGGCAGCACCCCUGGCAGUUUGUCCACCGCGGCUACCUCCAUAGCGAGCUGCGGAACGUCGCGACGGCGGAGGAUGGCGUGACCCCCCCGGCCAAGAUCCACGUUGCGUCCAAGGUUGUCAACGCAGACCCUGAAAAGGGCGAGAUACAGCUAGAGAACGGCGCAACUGUACAGGCGGACGUCGUCCUUGGCGCGGACGGCAUCUACUCCCGGGUCAGGAAAUACAUCACCGGCACCGACUACAAGCUUUUCCGUUCGGGCAAGGCGGCGUUCCGAUUCCUCAUCCCGACUGCUGCGGCUCUGGAGGAUCCCGUCACUGCCCCGUUGAUCGAGAAGGAAAACUGUCUCAGCAUCUGGUUCGGGGCAGACAGGCGUAUUGUGGUUUACCCUUGCAACAACAACCAGCUAUUGAACUUUGUGUGCAUUCAUCCAGAUACCGAGUCUCACGCAACCACAACCGAUGGAUGGAGUAAGAAGGGUUCCAUUGAGCAGCUCCUCAAGGUGUAUGAGAAAUUUGAUCCUGAUGUGCUGCAAUUGCUCAAGAAGGUCCAUCCGGACGAAGUUAAUGUCUGGCAGCUGCUAGACAUGGAGGCCAUGCCCACGUGGGUAAAUGAAAAGUUAGCGCUCCUCGGUGAUGCUGCUCACCCAUUCACUCCUCACCAGGGGCAAGGAGCAGGUCAAGCGAUGGAAGACGCCGCGGCGUUGGCCGUCGUUUUGCCAAAUGGAACAUACCCGGAGGAUGUGACGGAACGGCUUCGCCUAUACGAGCAGAUCCGCCUGGAACGCGCGCACAAGAUCCAGGAGUUCUCUCGCCAAGCUGGCAUGGACAGAAUACCCGGACAACAACCUCCCAUCAAUAGUUUGUGGCACCCUGGUCUACAAACUCGCCGAGUUGCACCCGCUAACGUGUCGACAGUGAUGGAGUACAAGAACUACAACUUUGGCCACGACGCGCAUGAUCACGCGACAAAGAUGCUCAACAAGUACCUGUGGUCCAAGAAGAAGGAUCUUUACUGGCGCAUGCCUGUCGGGUUCGGCCCUUUCCCCGGCCCCCGUCAGGACUUUUACGGCCGCCGCCAGCCGUCCGAGCUCGACCGCACCUUCAAGACCAUCUCCGUCAAGUUCCUCACGUCGCGGACAUUGCUCGAGACGAUCCUCCCGAACGACUCCUUCCGUUUCAAGGCGCCCGGGACCGUCUGCACCGCCUCCCUCUCCGCCACGCAGCUCAACAACAUGUCGUGGCUCGGCGGCGGCGGUUACAACCACCUGGGCCUGUACAUCCACGGCAUCGAGUACGUCAAGCGCGACGGGACCUCGGUCGACGGCACCCAUCUCGCCGUGCUCUUCGAGUCUCUUGCCGACCCGAUUGUCUCGGGCCGCGAGGAGCUCGGCAUGCCGAAGCUCUUCUGCGACAUCGACGUUGAGCACCACGCCACGGCGGCCCGCGUGCGCGCGUCGUGGCGGGGCGCCAGGUUCAUCGAUAUGUCUCUCGACAACCUGCGCAAAGACGACCCCGAGACGGAGCACGGCACCAUCGGCGGCGAGGCGGACUACGGCAUCCUGACGUACCGGUACAUCCCCUCAGUUGGGAAUCCCGGCAAGGCGGACGCCGCAUACGCGUGCGUGGUGCCGCACGAGGAGGAGGCGCGGGACGUGCCGGCUACGGUGCACGCCGUGGCAAGAUCGCCUAGCGCCUCGGUUACGGUGGAGGGCCACGACUGGGAGAAGCUGCCGACACUGCAUCACAUCGCCAAAUUUUUGGCCGAGAUGCCCAUCUACAAAGUCUUGGGCGCCAAGGUUGUGGAAGGAACCGGUGUCUCCAAUGUGUCCGCGGCUCGGAGGAUAGAAUAG